UUAAGAAGAGGCAUCGCGUCAUUAGAAUAGCAUAUUGACACCUUCAAGGAGCUGCAGUCCCAUUCCAGAAGCAUCCCUACUGCUGCCGAAACCCACGCCUCAUCCAAAACCCAUCUGCAACUCUUUCAGACUCGCGACAGCAUAAUGAAGCCGAUCAGAAUAAUCACCACCUUCACCCAGGUCAUCUUUGUGUCCGCUAGUGGGGGUACCAAAGAUCCGAAGCCUCCACACACUCCAACGUACACGCCCUACACGUACACGACUUCGCUGUGCACGCCUACCGCAACACAGCCCUACACCGUCACCAACACAUGGUACGAGACGAGCAUCGCAUACACGCCGCAUAAAUCUACGUGGACCUGGGGUAGCGAACUGUAUGACUGCACUACGGGAUUGGCGACUACAUCGAUCCUGGUAUCGUAGGGAUGAAGCGGCAUGAGCCGUUUCCAGUGAGAGUACCAGAUUAGGUGGUUCAAGUGGACCGAUAAGUGUUUGGAUUAAACGGGAAAUGGAUGCA